AUGGCUUCCAAAUUUCUGAGGAUUUUGUUCUUUAUAGGGCUUUUCGCCCUAGGAGCUGUUGCGCAAUGCAGCAGUUACGGCGUUGACUACGUGAAUGGCGGCUCAUACGACAUCGAUACAUCUUCACAUGAGAAUUUUACAUUUUCGACGAUUUUCCAGGGGUGCGAGCAGGAGUUGGUGAACCCAGUACUGGUAAAUCCCAAUGGCGAUCGAAUACCAUGCUCUGCGAUCAAUACGACGCCCGCCGGAGAACAGGUCGCUUCCACAUGUGAAAUUGAAUAUGCUGCCAUGACCUCUGGUUUAUACAAGAUUAUAAUAUCAGGGAAUAAGAUUGGCGUCCAGAGAACAGUCGCCCUCACCGUCGGCUCGCCCGCCACGAUUAUCAUCACGGCAACACCAACUGUGACCGUCGGUAUCACUAGUACACCCAAUGCAACAACGGUAUACAAAACCAUCGCCCAGACAAAAACCAUCGUUCUACCCGCAGGAACUGUUACCGCGCCUUGCGCAGGGAUAACCCAUACAACAACCUUCACACCAAAGGCACCCACGGUGACGAGCACAUAUACGAUCACGCGAACCGUCACCGACGAAGAAGUGACCAGUGAGACGACCACGACGGUAACCAAGACGGCUUAUUGCCACAUCAUCACUCGCGUACCCGACCCUCAACCUUCCAUAUGUAUCGGAUUCCUCUGCCUCCCACCGGGUACUGGUGGAAGUCCAGUCCCAGACGAAGUGCUAGAGACUAGGAAGCGGGAUGUGGCUGCCGUGGCGGCAACAACGACUGUGACUGUCAUUGAGACGACAUAUACCGCUACGAUAACCAGUGUGACUACCGUGCCGGCAGAGACGACUACGGAGGAAGUCUUCAAAACUAUCACAGCUAUUAUAACACCUCCUCCCUCAACCGUCUGCGAUGACAACGGGCCUACCGUGACCCUCACCGCGCCUUACACCACCUUUACGCAGACUAAUGUCGGGUACUCAACGACGCACGUAGAAGCUACGAUUUGGCUCGAGAUAACCAAGUACAAGACAUCGACGAACAAGGCAAGCGCCACGGCGUGUUCGAGGUUCGGGGGGUGGUACGGUGCUGAUGAUGUUGGGCCGGUGACAGCUACAGCUUGA